ACUACCAUAGAACAUACAUUAUAUACUCUCUUCACAUCCACACUUCAGUGAAAUAUAACACUUGAGAAAUCAUGUUUACCCUUCAAACACUUUCUUCUUUCGAGUAUCCUGAAAACAAUCGACUACAUUUAAGUGAUUCAUCUUUUCUUAAGAUGUUCCCAAUGCCGAAUAAGGAUGACUACAUCUCUCAUGACAGGAGUAAUUGUGAACAGCCAUUUUGUACAAGUUUCUCGGAAGAAAACCAAACAAAACAAACUUGUUCUAAAGUGGAAGGUUUUAAGAAGAAAAAGGUUUCAUCCAAUGGGGAAACCGCUCGUGAACUCGAGUGGAGGCGGUAUAGAGGAGUUAGACGUCGGCCGUGGGGCAAGUUCACAGCCGAGAUAAGGAAUCCAGAGAAGAAAAAGGCUAGAUUAUGGCUUGGUACAUUUGAUACACCAGAGCAAGCUGCUUUAGCUUAUGAUAAAGCAGCUUUUAAGUUCCAUGGCUCACGAGCCAAGGUUAAUUUCCCUCUCCUUAUCGGUUGUGAUGAUCUUUCCAUUAUCCACCCUACUCCAGUGCAGAAACUGAGUCACGAGUUCCACCAACCUUCAUCCUCCUCAAUGUCCUCUUCAUCUUCUUCUAUCGAAAAUGGACAUAUAAGAAAAAUGGAUCAUAUUAACAAGAUUGAAAGUGACCAUAACUCUCUACAAGAUUUCCAACAAUAUGACUUCUUGAUGAACAACAACGAGACUCACCCGCCGCCUACGUUAAUACCUUACGACUUUUUAUUAAACAAUGAUCAGGUGAACUCCUCACCUAAUAACAAUGAGGGGAGUAGAAAGGAUAGUGAUUCUUUGUGGUCCAUUUUUGUACAAAGCACGGUGCAAUCGCCAACGACUCCAGCUACUACUUGUACUGACCAUAAUAACUUAAUAUGGGAUUUCCAAAUGAACACAAUGGUGCCAGAAGAUCUACAAUUUCCGGUCGUAGAUCCACCACCAGUAACCACCACGUCAACCGGAGUUAGUGUGCCGGCUGAGGUUGGAACUGAUCAUGACUCAUUCUGGGAUUUCCAGAUGGAUACAUUGACUGAUGAUGACUUUCGUUUCAUAUAGUGCUUUAAGUUUUUUUUAUUUUAUUUUCAUUAACUAUAUUAAUUAUCAAGAAUGUCUUUAAUUAAGAUUUCACUAAUAUAUGACAAUUAUACUUGUUAUU